GAUCUCCAGAGUCCUCCAGCUCCCCCCUCCCUCCGGACCCCCAGGACGGUGACGAGGCUCUGGCCCUGCGGCUGCAGCAGGAGCUGGACAGGGAGGCAGCAGGGGUCCAGAGUGUGGACCUGAAGGAGGGGGGGCUCUUCUUCUGUCAGAUCUGCCACAGAGAUCUGUCACACAUGACCCCAGAGGGACGAACGCAGCAUCUCAACAGGUGUUUGGAUCAGAGUGAAGAGAGCGCCCCUGCUCCUCCUCCCCCGCCUCCUGGGCUCCCCGACUGUCCCAUCUGUGGAAAGAAGUUCAAGACCCAGAAGAGUCGCUCGGCCCACCUGAAGCGCUGCUCCUCAGAUAUGGGGGUCGCUCCGGCGGUGCUGCUGCAGGCGCUGCACAGACAGACUGAGGAGACCCCGAAUGUCCCCACCACCAACACACU